AUGUUUGUGAUGAAGAGAUGCGCUCGAUGUCAAGCCGCCAUAUCAUCAUCGGAACUCGUUAUGAGAGCGAGAGAUUUCGUUUUUCACGUUCACUGUUUCACUUGUACCGUGUGCAAUUCGACACUCACAAAAGGUGACCAUUUCGGACUUCGUGACGGUGCCAUUUACUGUCGCACUCACUACGAUCUCGGAGAUCAAUCAUCCGAAAUUACGGAAUCAUCAUCAUCAGCAUCUUCGCAAAAUUUAUUCUCACAUUUUUCAACUUCCUCUUUUCCAUCACCCGAAUUUUCUCAUUCCCACAACGACAACAAUUCGUCACCUCCGAUUCCUCUCCCACCACCUGGUCCAUCACCACCCGAUUCGGAUAACGUGAUUGGAGGAGGAUCCCAUAAAAUUAAUUUUUUCAAUGGUGCUCCGACUCCUACGACUCCGAGACAAAAAGGAAGGCCGAGAAAAAGGAAACCGAAAGAUUUAGAAGCCAUGACUGCUAAUUUAGAUUUAAACGAUUCCUAUUUAGAUUUCGGACGUGGUCCAAACACUCCCGGAAGUUUAAGUUCAUCGGGAAGAUCGAAACGUAUGCGAACAUCAUUUAAACAUCAUCAAUUGAGAACAAUGAAAUCAUAUUUUUCGAUAAAUCACAAUCCAGAUGCAAAAGAUUUGAAACAAUUAUCACAAAAAACGAGUUUGCCCAAAAGGGUUUUACAGGUAUGGUUUCAAAACGCGAGAGCAAAAUGGCGGCGAAUGAUGGUCAAACAAGAGGGUAAAUCGGAUAAAUGUUCGGGAGAAUCAGGAGUUUUAAGCGAUCUCGAUUCGUAUGCGACUCAUUCGGGAGGUGGAAACAUGUCACUCGGACCCCACAGUCCCCCAUUCACGCUAAGCAAUUCAUGUUCGAGUCCCGCAUCUCUCGAAUGUUCAUGA